AUGUCGUACUGGCUUGUUGGUGGGUGUCUCAUCCUGUCUGCUCCGUCGGAGGGAACCAAUGAGUGGAGACUGAAGACCAAGGAGGACGGCCGUGCAUUAACUUCCAAUGAUGAGAACUCAUCCAAGGCUAUUCCAGACUCCCCAAAAGACACAGGUGCAGUGAAGGAUGCCCGUGCUUUUUCUUCACGGCAGACGGGCAACCGGAUGGAGACUCCGGGAACCAGUGCAGACAUAGUGGAUUCCUGGAGUGCCACGGGCCCUGUUUCUAGCCAGUCAGAAACCGUGCAUGCGUUGGCUCGGGACCGGGGUGGAGUGAAGUAUUGCCCUAUUGGGACAACAAUAGCUUUAUCCCCGGCUGCUAACAGACGCUAA